UGAUCCAGCUGUGGGGAAGACUGCUUUAGCCCAGAUGUUCCGCAGUGAUGGGGCCCAUUUUCAGAAGAAUUAUACACUAACAACGGGCACAGAACUGUUGGUGAAGGCCGUAUCGGUUCCAGAGACAAGUGAUAGUGUGGAACUCUUCAUUUUUGACUCUGCAGGCAAAGAUCUAUUUUCUGAGAUGCUGGAGAAACUGUGGGAGCAGCCCAACGUCCUGUGCCUUGUGUACGAUGUCACUAACGAGCAGUCUUUCAACAACUGCGCCAAGUGGCUGGAGAAGCUGAGGGCUCAGGCAGUUGGGAUGCAUCUUCCAGGUGUCUUAGUGGGGAAUAAAACAGACCUAGUUGGUCGUCGAGUUGUGGAGCAGAAACAAGCACAGGAGUGGGCUGAGAAACAUGGCCUGGAAUACUGUGAGAUGUCAGUGAAGGAGAUGAAAAACUUUGAGGCCCCUUUCCACAUCCUGGCGAAGUCAUUCCAUCAACUGUACAGAGAGAAGGUGGAAUCGUUCCACUCAGUAGUUUGAGGAAUGUGACUAGAGUGACUUAUUUGGCUCUUGAGCUUCUUCCAGUGCCCAGGCUGGAAUACAGAGAGAAGAUAAAAGAUGAGAUUUUUGUAUUUUUCAUGGUCAUAUUCUAGUAUUUCAAAAUAAAAGACAUUUUUCUAGAAAUAAGAGAGAGGAAAGA